UGAAGGGUUGGGUUUGGCAUUGGCAUUGAAUAAGGCCCAAUUUAAUGUGUUUGGUAUAAAGCAUUGGCUCUUAUUUGGGUUUGCUGAAACCCACUUAGGUGGGAUUACACAAACCCAUCUCCUACCUGGUACUGAAAAAUUAAACCUGGGUUUAUAAUAUUUUAUGACAAUAUUAUCCAUGGUUAUAAUAUUUUUUGACAAUAGUGCCCCUGUUGAGUUUUGCCCUGAUAAAAGUCAUCAGCAUUGCAAACCUCAAGUCGAACGCAUCUCCAUCGGCGCCGCAAGAGACUCAUCCAUCGUCCAUCGAUCUGCCCUGUUGCCAUCUCCUUCAUCGCGCCUUCAGCUGAACAAACAUGUCAAGUAGGUCUGGAAAAUCAGACAAGCACAUGUGGACACCCGAAGAGGAUGAAUUAUUAAUUCAAUCCAUGAUGGUGCUACAUGAUAAGGGAGAACUUGUAUCUGACAAUGGUUUAAGGCCACGUGUCUUAAACACUUUGAAGGACAUGCUUGAUGGUUUGAUACCUGGAAGUGGUAUUAAAGCCCAUCCCCAUAUUCAGUCAAGAGUUAAGAAGUUAAAAAUUAACUAUGGUGUGGUUUCUGACCUUCUUAAUUUAUCUGGUUUUGGUUGGGACCCUGAAAAGAAAUGUGUGACAGCUCCCAAGACUGUUUGGGAUGAAUAUGUGAAGGUAAACAAGAAAGCUGCUAAAUGGAGAAACAAGACUUUCCCCCAUUAUGAUGAGCUAUCUAAUAUCUUUGGGAAGGAUAGGGCAAAUGGAAAGGAUGCUCAAACGUAUGAAGAUAUCGUUGAAGAGUUUCAUGAUCAACAUGGGUUUACUUCACCCGUAGAAGAUACUCCUACUGAGCACAUUCCAACUGAUUCUCAAAUGGAUGGAUCACAUGCCAAUACUUCACCACAAGAGAACUCUCCAACUGAGCUGUCCCCUUCUGAUGCAACUUCCGGAGCGAAAAAGAGGAAGCGAAACAGCACUGAAGCUCAACCUUCCAUGCUUGAAGGCAUGAAAAUGAUUGUUCAAACACUAGCUGAUGGGUUGAAGGAGUCAUCUGAGCGUUUUGGCAUGCACCUUGAUAGAGUUGAACGUGAGAAACGUAUUGAUGGCAUGAGGUCGUCUCUCCUUGUUGAGUUGAAGAAGGUUGAAGGACUUUCCCACCAAGAACGUCUCAAGGCAUAUGUGAAGAUUAUUGGUGAUGAGAAUAUGCUAAUUGGCUUUUAUUCCAUGCCUGAAGAGGAUAAAGCUGAUGUGAUUCGCGAAAUAAUAGCAUAAGCUAGUAUUAGUGUCACUUGAUAUUUUGGUGUAUCUCGAUUUUUUGGUGAUCCUUAGUAAAGUUGCAAGAGGAUCCUUUAUAUGUAAUGUCAUGUUUAGAUGUCUAAUUUUUUGUGUAAGAUAUGGCAUAUCUUACUUGGGUGCUUGGAUAUAUGAGUAGCACCAUUGACUAUAUUUUGUUUCAAAGUAAGAUAUAGAGUAUCUUGCUUCCUUGACCUUAUUAAUUAUGAUAUGAUAAAUGACAUCCUUUGUUUCAUGUUUUA